ACCCUCCCUGCAGGGUGGGGAGAGAAAGAUGAUUGAGAAAUGAUAUAAAAGGGUAUGAAAAGAAAUCCAGCAGUACUGGAGCUCUACCUUUAGACCUCUCUCACCUCCUACCAUGGAGUGGAGAACAUCCACAGUCUGCAUACUGCUUCUGGCACUUACCGGCAUUCAGGUUGAUUCAAACACGGUCUAUACCAGUAACCAUGUCAAAAACAUCUGCAGCAUGUGGGGAAACUUCCACUUCAAGACAUUCGAUGGAGACAUGUAUCAGUUCCCAGGCAUGUGCGAGUAUAACCUGGUGUCUGACUGCCAAAGCCUCGUCCGCCAGUUCUCGGUUCACGUGAAGAGAACAGAAAACAGCACUGGCCCAAAGAUCAGCAGGGUGUCGAUUACCAUCAAUGACAUUGGUGUUGAGUUGACAGAGAAAAAGGCCGUAGUCAAUGGAAAAAAAGUAAUGCUGCCUGUGCAAGUCGCAGGGAUUCUUGUGGAAGAGAAUACACUUUACACCAGACUCUAUUCCAAAAUGGGCAUCACUGUCAAGUGGAAUAAAGAGGAUGCUGUUAUGGUGGAACUCGACUCCAAAUAUUCCAAUCUCACUUGUGGGCUGUGUGGCGAUUUCAAUGGCAUCCCAGUUUACAAUGAGUUCAUUGAUUACGGACGGAAGGUUGGCUAUAUUGAGUUUGGUAAUAUGCACAGAGUUCCCAACCCAACACAUACCUGCAAAGAUCCUUUUGAAAACGCCGAUGAGCAAAAUGUGGUGAACAAAUGUGAAAAAUUUCGGUCAUAUUGUGCAGACCUUUUGAAGGAUGAAAAAUGGUCUUCUUGUAGCUGGGUUUUGAACCGUGAGCCGUAUAUCAAGGCCUGUACAAAGGAUAUUUGCUUGCGUCAACCUAAAGAUAAAGACACCGACACCUCUGUGCUCUGUGCGACUUUGUCUGAAUAUUCACGUCUGUGCUCUCACGCUGGAGGAACUCCGCCGAACUGGAGAACAGCAAAAUUCUGUGCUGUGACAUGUCCGUACAAUAUGGUACAUUCUGAAAGCGGCUCCCCCUGUAUGGACACAUGCUCACACAAAAACACAAACACACUAUGUGAGGAACACAACAUUGAUGGCUGCUUCUGUCCGCCAGGAACUGUGUUUGAUGACAUCUCAAACAUGGGCUGCAUCCCAGCAGAAAAGUGUAAGUGCAAGCAUGACCGCAUCUACAGCACAGGAGAGAUCCUACGCAAAGAUGACGGAGAAUGUAUAUGUAAGAAGGGAGAAUGGAUCUGUACAAGUAUUCCCGUCCCUGGCCUGUGCGCAGUAGAGGAAGGAUCUCACUUCACCACCUUUGACGGGAAAGAAUUCACUUUCAAUGGAGACUGUAACUAUGUGCUUUCAAAAGACUGUAAGGAGUCCAAGUUCAACAUAUUGGGGGAGAUAGUUCCUUGUUUUAAUCAACAGACUGAUACCUGUUUAAAGUCUGUUGUGGUGCUGUUUAACAAUGACAUGAAAAAUCCUUUGAUUAUUAAAGCUGACGGGACAGUCCAGCACAAUGCAGACGUUUUACUUCCUUACAUGACAGCUGACUUCACAGUGUUCAAGCCGUCAUCGUUUCACAUCAUGCUUCAGACUACCUUUGGGCUGCAGGUGCAGGUUCAGCUGGUGCCUCUUAUGCAGGUGUACAUCACUGUGCACCAAAGCUUCCAGGGCAAGACUUGUGGUAUGUGUGGAAAUUUUAACAAAAUGCUGUUAGAUGAUCUGAAGACCCCUCAGGGAGUGGUGGAGGGUACAGCAGUUUCCUUCGCAAACGCAUGGAAGGCCCUCACCAACUGCCCCGACCGUACUGAGAGAAUGGACGACCCCUGUUCCUACAGCAGUAACAGCGAGCAAUAUGCCAAUCACUGGUGUUCCAAGAUGCAGGACAAGAAGAGCCUCUUUGCCAAAUGUCACACCACUGUCAAUCCAGACAGCUACUACAAAAGAUGCAGAUACUCGAGCUGUAACUGUGAGAAGAGUGAGGACUGUCUGUGUGCGGUGUUCUCCUCAUACGCCCGGGCCUGUGCAGCUAAAGGAAUAAUCCUCGAAGGCUGGCGAAAAAUUGUGUGCGAGAAGUAUACAAAGAAUUGCCCGACCUCACAGAACUACUCCUAUGAGCUGCAGACCUGUCAGCGUUCCUGUCUGUCUCUCGCCUCUGAGCGCCAAAGCUGCAGUCUUGACUUCGUGCCUGUUGAUGGAUGUGCAUGUCCAGAUGGACUCUACCAAGAUGAGAAUGGACUGUGUGUACCAAUGGAAAAAUGUUCAUGUUUCCAAAAUGGACAGCAAAUUAAUCCCGGGAAGUCUGUCACCAUUAGGGAUGAACACUGUGUUUGUAGGAAUGGAAAACUCAACUGUCGUUCCUGGAAACCCCAAACUCUGGGAUGUUCCUCUCCGAAGGUUUUCUUCAACUGCAGUACAUCAGCCCCAGAUGAACAUGGAUUGGAGUGUGCAAAGACUUGUUUGCAACAGAAAGUUGACUGUUUCUCAGUGGACUGUCAGUCUGGCUGCCAGUGUCCUUCAGGUCUAUUGGAUGAUGGCAGAGGAAAUUGUGUUAAACCAGAUAACUGCCCGUGUACACAUGAUGGACAGUUUUAUGCACAAGGAUCUCAGAUAACCACAGAUUGCAAUAAAUGCACUUGCCAACAGGGAAAAUGGAAAUGUACACAUUAUAAGUGUCCAGGAAUAUGCACCAUAUACGGCAGCGGACAUUAUAGAACUUUCGAUCAGCAUACAUUCGGCUUCAGUGGAGGCUGCAGUUAUAUUGCUGCUCAGAACACGUGUGGAAAUAAAACUGGCCAUUUUCAUGUGAUCACUGAGAAUAUGCCUUGUGGAACAACAGGAACCACAUGUUCAAAGGCUGUCAAGAUACUUUUGGGGAGGACAAUGCUGCUGCUUUCUGGUGGAACUGUAACAGCCGCUGAUACUGGAAGUGGUCCAGAGAUCAAGUACAUUGAGAGAAGCAUUGGGAUGUACCUUGUCAUUGAUGCAAACAUCGGACUGACAGUUUUGUGGGACCGCAAAACCACUGUCCGUAUCAUUCUGCAACCUCAGCACAUGGGAGACGUCUGUGGUCUGUGCGGAAAUUUCAAUGGAAAUGCAAAAGAUGAUUUUACCACUCAGGGAAAUUUGCCAACUACAAAUAUAAGGGAGUUUGUGGACAGCUGGAAAGUUUUAAGUAAUUGCCCAGAUGCAAAACCAGACUUUAACCCAUGCUCUGAGACCUCCAAUCGAGAGACAUGGGCAAAAAUUCAAUGUAGCAUUAUCAAGGACAUCAAGGGUCCAUUCAAAGACUGCCAUAACAAGGUGGAUCAAAACCCAUAUUAUGAGAACUGUGUGAAGGACUCGUGUGCAUGUAACACAGGUGGAGAUUGUGAGUGUUUCUGCACAGCUGUGACAGCUUAUGCUCAAGCCUGCAAUGAGGCAGAUGUUUGUGUGAACUGGAGAACACCUGAGAUCUGCCCUGUGUACUGUGACUACUACAAUUAUGGAACAGAAGAUUGCACAUGGCAUUACAGUCCUUGUCAUACACCUUGCUACAAAACCUGUCUCAACCCUAAUGCUACCUGCGAUAACAGUUUACCCAACCUGGAAGGAUGUUAUCCAAAAUGUCCAGAGGAUAAGCCUAUUUUUGAUGAGAAAAAUCAGAUAUGUGUGGAGAAAUGUAUACUAACAACAACACCAAAACCUACCACAUUACCUACCCCUACACCAACAACUACAACAAAGUCAACUACAACAUCAAAACCUACCACACCAUCUACCCCUACACCGACAGCUACCACGAAGUCUACUACAACAACAUCAAAACCUACCACACCAUCUACCCCUACACCGACAAUUACAACAAAGUCUACUACAACAACAUCAAAACCUACCAUUCCAUCUUCCCCUACACCGACAGCUACCACGAAGUCUACUACAAAAACAUCAAAACCUACCAUUCCAUCUUCCCCUACACCGACAAUUACAACAAAGUCUACUACAACACCAUCAGAACCUACCAGACCAUCUACUCCUACACCGACAACUACCACAAAGUCUACUACAAAAACAUCAAAACCUACCACACCAUCUACCCCUACACCGACAAUUACAACAAAGUCUACUACAACAACAUCAAAACCUACCACACCAUCUACCCCUACACCGACAGUUACCACAAAGUCUACUACAACAACAACAUCAAAACCUACCACAACAUCUACCCCUACACCGACAGCUGCCACAAAGUCUACUACUACAACACCAAAACCUACCACACCAUCUUCCCCUAUAACAACAACUAUCACAUUUUCAUCAACAUCAACUAAGUCUACGACAUCAUGUAUUAUAUGCUGGUGGUCUGACUGGUUUAAUGUAUCUAAUCCUGCAUUAGAAAGAGGGAAUGACUUGGAGACUUAUAAAAACAUUGCAAAAAGUGGAAAAGAAAUCUGUGAAGACCCAAUAGAUAUCGAAUGUAGGGCUGUGAGCAAACCUGACAUGAGUUUUGAAGAUUUUAUUCAUGACUCAAAACAAGUUGCCCAGUGCAAUGUUUCAUUUGGAUUGGAGUGUAAGAAAGAUCAACAGACUGACCGCCCCUAUAAAUGUUUGGACUAUAAAAUACGUGUCUACUGCUGUAUUCCUUGUUCAUCUACCCCUGCCUCAACAACUACAACAAAGUCUCAGACAACAACAUCAAAACCUACCACACCAUCUACCCCUACACCGACAGCUAACACAAAGUCUACUACAACAACAUCAAAACCUACCACACCAUCUACCCCUACACCGACAAUUACAACAAAGUCUACUCCAACAUCAAAACCUACCACACCAUCUUCCCCUACACCGACAACUACCACAAAGUCUACUACAACAACAUCAAAAUCUACCACACCAUCUUCCACUACACCGACAACUACCACAAUGUCUACUACAAAAACAUCAAAACCUACCAUUCCAUUUUCCCCUACACCAGCAACUACCACGAAGUCUACUACAAAAACAUCAAAACCUACCACACCAUCUACCCCUACACCGACAAUUACAUCAAAGUCUAGUACAACAACAUCAAAACCUACCACACCAUCUACCCCUACACCGACAAUUACAACAAAGUCUACUACAACAACAUCAAAACCCUACGCCGACAGCUACCACAAAGUCUACUUCAACAACAUCAAAACCUACCAUUCCAUCUUCCUCUACACCGACAACUACCACGAAGUCUGGCAAGAAGGUGCAAAGGCCCAAACACACUGCCAGCAUUUCCAGGCAGUUGAACUGAACGGGGUGCUUUCCCGCAGAUCAGGAAGACACCUGAGGCGCUGA